AUGACCAUGCGAGGGCUUUUGCACAGGAUUCGGCACGCUCCAUCCUCAAAAACAGUUCGAGAGGGCGCUGCUGCUGCAGCGUGCGAAGAUCAUGCGCCUCAGCGUCAGAGCAGGCGCUCUCGAGUCAGCCACGUCCUGAGCAAGGCCAUCGACCCUGCCGACGAAGCAAUGGAGGCGCCUACUCGACGCCGCAAGCGUGAUCGGAUCAAAAACUACUUCUCGCGUCGACGGAGCCACUUGGCCAAGAGCUCUCGGUCGUUUCUGUGGCCCGCCAUGCUGUCGAGCGACAAGGACGAGUCUCGGUGCUCCGAAGGCACCGAGAGCGACGACGUGUAUAUGGUCGACUACCAAAGCGACUCGGACUCGGACGACGACUCGCUUUGCGACGACAACUACGUGACGCCGCCCGUGGCCAUCCCCGAAAUGUACCGAAGGCAGGACAGAAUGGGAGGCAUCACGGUGGCAGGCGCGCGCGUGCUCUUCACGUUUGCAGGGUUCAAGCGGCAGCAGAUGAUGCUGCGCAGGCUCCAGUCGGUCUCGGAGGCUGACGAGUUGGUGAUACCGGCUGGCGUGCACCGCGAGUACAUUGUCAUCCCGGCGUUCUAA